UUCAGAUUGUCGGAUCAUACACUUCCAACCCGACUAUCCUCGAACCAUCUGCCGCCGUGGUCCAGCAACCCCAUCGUCGAAUCUUGCACACAGGCUUUUAUUCCCACAAGACAAUUUUGUUGAGCUUCCUGUCUGCUCAUUUUUUGAAAAAUGGCAUCAGCGAAGGCAACAUUUACGAUCCUCUUGGCCGUGGCGACGAUCGGUGUGAUAUCUUCACGAGAUAUACCCGAGUUCCUGCAUAUUUGUCAAACGCACGAUCCGCAUUACGAGACAUGUGUCACUGAGAGUAUAGAGUAUUUGAAACCAUAUCUUAAAACAGGUGUACCAGAAUAUAAUAUUCCAUCGUUGGAACCUCUCAUACUAAAAAAAAUAACGUUUAUACCAACAAGUAAUUUACGACUAGAGGCAUCUGAUAUUGAGACAAAGGGUGCCAGCAAUUUUAUAAUUAAAAGAGUGAAAAUCGACUUCAACACUUUGAUCGUCUUAGUGGAUGUGGAAUUACCAAAUAUUCAAGUUGAAGGAACGUAUGGUAUGGACGGCAAGUUACUGUUACUUCCGAUUCGCGGAUCCGGUCCGAUUCAUGGCAAUUUCUCAAAUUGCAUAGGCGCCUGCAAAAUACAAAUUGAGAAAUAUCUUGACGAGGACGGCGAAGAGAAGAUGCGCAUCACGGACUUCAAAUUGAAAAUCUCAGUAGGCAAGGGUACAAUAAAGCUAGAUAAUUUAUUUGGUGGCGAGCAAGUCCUUGGAGAUGUCAUCAAUUCGGCUAUCAACAACAAUUUCGAUCUCUUCCUGAAGGAGCUUUCACCGCUCGUGGAAAAGGCAUUAUCUGACUCAUUCCAGAAUAUUGCUAGCAGUAUAAUUCAACAAUUUACAUUCGCCCAACUCUUCCCCGGCACAUAAAUCGAUUGGUGGUGAUUCAGACGAUCAGAUGGACUGGAAAACACAUAAAUUAAAUUUGAAGCUUUAUUGCAAAAUAAGCAAUAGAGUGAAUUAAAAAAAUUUAUUGCCAUUUUUUACUAUAUUGAAUCUUCUUUGAAUGCUCAAUUGAGUUUUACAUUAUUAAGUUUUUAAAAUUUUUUAAGAUUUUGUAAUAAAUAUAAAUGGCCUCAUUAAGGCUAAACCAGAAUAUAAUUUUGACAGAAAAUAGGAGAUAAAAGAAUUAGUCAAAAUUAUGGAACAAUUUUCGUAUUAUUUAAAAAUUCAAUUCUAAUCGUUUUGCAGAAAACGUUAAUAAUUUAUGAUCUGAUAGAUUAAUUAAUCGAGUGUGUUUGCGCAACAUUAGCUUUUAAAAGGAGUAAUGUUACAGAAAAUUUUUAAAAAGGAAAAAUAAACUAAAAUAAUAGGGAAUAGGGGUGGGGAUGAUGAUGGGAAUGAGGAUGGUGUGAGUGGUUAGCAUAUUGUGAUUUAAAAUUUCUUGAUUUAUUACAGAAACUUGUUUUUGAAACAUUAAUAAAAUAACACUUUAAAGGGCUAUAACAAAAAACCUAGUCAUUUUCAAACUUUGUGCCUAUGAACACUUUUGAUCAAUAAAUCAAGAAUUAUAACAUACUAAAAUUUCAGCCAAUUUCACCAAGGGCCAAAAUCCUAUGAUAUUGUGCAAGGUCCUUUGUCAAUAGAGUAAAAUCAGUAGCAAAAUUUUUGUUUCAAUUUCGAUUCUUUCAUUAUUGACUCAAUGCAAUUAAAACUUUGAAUAUGAGUGCAAACAAAAAAUGAUUAUCGACAUAUAGUAAACAGCACACUGUCAAAAAAGGUCUAAUUUGCUUCGUAAGAAGGAAACAGUCACCUAUAAAAAAUCUUUGUGAUUGUAACUUACAGACUUGUAAUGCUAGCCUUUUAAUUAACGAGCCAACAUCGAUAAAUUCAAUGCAUCAUGAAACAUUGAAUAAAGUUUUUAACUGCAA